AUUCAUUCGCGGAGUUGGAGUAAGACUAUUCAACGCACCAAAAAAGUUCCAGUAUUUCUAGUAUUGUGCGAAGCAGGUGACAUCGUUCGUAAAGUGGAACACAUUUGUUGGUGUUUGCAUUUCACCAUUGAAUAACAUGGAACUCAACAUUUAACUUUGUUCAGAUGGCAGCUACAGUACCCGAGGCUCCUAAUGAAGGAGCGGAAGGAGUCGUGUCUUUCCCAGAAGUGUUCAAGGCAUUUGCAAAGUUCGGGGAUUCCAAGAGUGCAGGUGAAACCAUCACGUUGUCAAACACCGUUAAGUGGUUUAAACAAGCCAAAAUUAUUGACGGUAAAAGAAUUACAACAACCGACAUCGGUAUAUACUUUAAACAAGUAGCAAAAACUAAAAAGGCUUUGAAUAUGAAAGAAUUCAACCAGUUUUUGGAAACCAUCGCUAAGAACAAAAAAGUGUCCGUUGAUGAAAUCAGACAAAAACUUGCCUCUUCAGGGCCACCAGCAACAACUAGAACAACGACGGCAGCAACUGGUGGCGCUGUUAGCCGGUUAACGGACCAUACAAAGUAUACAGGAACUCACAAGCAGAGAUUUGACGAGUCCGGGAAAGGAAAAGGUAUAGAAGGAAGGACUGACGUCAUGAACGAUUCGGGUUACGUUCAAGGUUUUAAGAGCAAUAAUCCAUAACGAAGAAAGCUUUUCGCAAUAUUUAAAUUGUUGCGAUGGAUCCACUAUUAUGCCUAAAACAAUAUCAGAAUAAUGGAUUCAUUGUUUAUACACUUUAAUUAGAUAUAAUGAUUUCGGUAUUUAGCAUUUUUCAAUUAAAGUUGCUUAGUUAUGUUAAGUUUGUAAGAUUUCGAAUAAAAAAAUGGAGAACAAAAAUGAUAAAACCGUUUUGCAGAAAGUUAUCAAGAUCUGGUCUAAAAAUAUAUGCUGCAGAUCAUUUAAUUAUUUUGCUGGACUUCUGGAAAUUGAUUUUAAUGUAGCAAAACGAGUCUUUUUCCUAAUUCAGUGCACUUUCAAGUAAGUAAGUUUAUUUUUAAACACCAAUUAAUUUCCCUCGAGUCACUCUUCGACCUAUUGAAAGACGAAGUUUUUUUUUCUUCUGUAUAUUUAGCAAUUUUCUGUUCUCUGCGAUAAUUUACGUUAUUUAUUUAUGUGGGGCGUUGUGCUCUAACAACUUCAUUUCAAAUUUCAUAAUGUGAUA